GUGAGUCACAUGCCUACUGGCCGCGGCGCUCACUGGCCGGGCGCCCGGCAGCGUAUCCGAACGAACGACAACACGCGACCGUGUUUACGAACGUUACUUAUUCCAAAUUCAAAUUUGUGAAGUGUGUAAUAUUGGAUUCCAUUUUCGAAUAGUUGGCGAACGCAGCCAUGGCUACUAACGGUUACGGACCUGCGCCUGGACACAUCGGCAGAAUACCUACCUUCGGCAAAACACAGGUCAAUCCGAUGGGCAGCGUGGAGCCUCCAGCAUGUAUCCAGAAUGCCAUGAUGACCAAAGACAAGAAGCCGUUCACAUAUACCCCAGGUGGUCUGGAUCUAUCACAAAUACGAACUCCAAGUAUGGCUAGGAGGAUGGCUCGACAGAAAUCCUGGGAGGACCAGGAGCAAGCAUAUGGUGGUCAACACGGAGGUCCCAACUAUCAUCCGCAAGGAGGCCCAGGUGGUCUAGGUGCACCAGUAGGACCAGGAGGACCAGUUCCACCUCCUCCUCCCCCACCAUCGAUACCAGCACCGCCGCCGCCACCUCCUCUGGUUAUUGAAGCGCCUAACAGCAAAUCUCCAAAACCAGUGGCAGUCGGAGAAAGACCAGAAAUCGUUAUCCCAGAAAAUCCUAUAGGAAUGUUGAGGAAAACCAACAGUCCUUAUCAUUGGGAAGCCGAGAAAGCCGAUUUACAACGUAUGGGUCCUGUACCGAAGUUUGUUGAGAAGGUUCCCAGUCCAUUAACAGUCAAACUUCCCCAGAAUCAGCCUCAGAAUUAUGCGAAACCAUUCACAAAUACGAUACAGCAGAACCAAUCUCCUGGUAGUCCCUUGUAUAAACCAGAAGCAUUAUAUGCACAGAAUUCGCCACCUGUUGCACAGAACGGCACUCCUCCGACAAGAGAUAUUUUGGUUCGUCAAGAUUCCCAAUUCAAUAAGAGUCCACAACCUUUUGCAAACCAAUCUUCUGUAAGCAGUAACAGUCCUUAUUCCCCGACGCCCAAUAACCAUUGGAGACAACCCGAAAAAAGGGACUCCGACCUAAACAAUAAUAGUCCACAAUCACCUUAUUCGAACCGAGGACCUUUCUCACCAAAUGUUGCACAGACCCCUCCAAAUUACCAGCAAUCGCCUCCCACAUCAGUAUUCCAUACUCUCCCACGCGUUGGUCAGCGAAAUCAGGACAAUUUUAAUAAUCAGAAUAAUUAUGAGAGCCAGAAGCCUGAAAUUCAAAGUCCUAACGUUAAUCAAUCUAACCCAGCACCAUGGAGAACUAACACAAUCAACAGAUACCCACGGGAAAACCAGAAUACGUACAAUGAACCACCUGCUACCCAACAAACUUACAGUCCACCCUGGAAGCGCGAAAACCUAAAACAAGUGGACAACUUAAAUGCUGAAAGACCUGAGGUUAAACCCGCUAACCAAGGUAGUCACCAACAAGAAUAUAUUCCUCCUUGGGUGGCUGCACAUGAUAAUAACAAUAACAGAAUCCAAAACAACGUAAUACAAAACAACGUUACACCAAACAACGUAGCACAAAACAAUAACGCACCAUGGAGAGGACAGGAGCAAGCCAGAAACACCCCACCAACCUCACCACUAGAAAAUCGUUAUCAAUCGUCUAUUUCGAUUCCAAUAACUCCUAAGAAACAAACUAACCAACCUGAUUACAAUAACAACCCAGCAAAUAGAGACAGUAGAGAAAUCGUAUACAUAAAUCAGGAGCCAGUUUACUACUGCCCCCCAGACAGCCCAAAAGCAAUUCCUCCGUGGGUUAAGACUCAAAAAGAAAAAACAAAAACACCACCACCAGCUUGGUGCCAAAGGCCUCUUGAAGGUAGGAAAAGUUUACCUAGAGAACUGGUAACACCUCCCAGAGAAACCAACAACGAACCAGAGUGGGUGAAAAAGAGCAACGAAAUGCAAAGAGGAGCUCGUGAAAUAAUAAGUCCACCGAAAUACCAGCAGCCGGUACAACCGAAUUGGUCUACCCUACCAUCAGAGAACAGAAAGAGCGUGCCAAGAGAUAACCAAGGUAGCAGAAUCAUUCCAAUCCAAAUGGAAGUUUCAAGUACCGAAACGAGAAAUCAUAACAAGCAAGCCAACGGCCAACCACAGAUGAGAAUAGUUAUCGACAUGCAACAGAACCCCAAUGAGAACCACAACAGAACCCAGGCGCCUUAUUCUCAACCGACGCAGCGCAUAAUGAGGGUGUUAUCGCCCCAGCUCGUGAGGUUGGACGAUCAGCCAGAUCUUCCAAGCCUGAACCGGAACAUACAGAACCAGGACAGUCAGCCAAAAACGAGAAUUAUACCAAUACAAGUCGAAGGGAAUGGAAACGGUGGAGCAAACAAAAGCUUCGGUGGUCGGUUCUAGGAGCUGUUUGCACUGUCCUAACGUCUACUACCACAAGUUCAUCCAGGACGGACCUCCUCAGCAGUCCAAGUCGUUCAGGGUGCUGCAGGUGAUCACCAACACGGGAGACGAUGUCAGGUACAUGGAGAGAAGGGGAUACUCCGACUUAUAAUAGAUACUUAAAU